GCCUGCCUUUAAGGUCAGAAAUGUUGAGUAAAAGCUAUGUGUUUGUCAUGCUCUGGAUGAGUAAAUUCGCAAGUAGGAAAGCACGGUUCUUUGUCUUACUAACGUCAACAUGGAUCUUUUAUGUCAUCAGCGCGAUGCAUCCGGACCUGUACCUGGGUUGCUAUAAAGAUGGGUUUCCAAGAGAUAUUGGCUCCCAUGUCACUAUCUCAGAUCUAACUCCAACGAAAUGCAUCCAAAGGUGCUUACAGCUCGGACAUAUGUUCGUCGGUCUUCAAUAUAGUACUGCCUGCUUCUGCGGCGAUAGCUACGGUAGAUACUACGUACUAACCGAGAGCGACUGCGCCUAUGGUUGUGGGGGAAAUGGUAACCUUAAGUGCGGUGCGGCGAUGAUCAACUCAGUCUACAGAUCCGAAAAAUUGCUUUCUCAAUUCCUGGGCUGUUACAAAGAGGGCACGCCACGUGACCUAUGGGGCGACCAAUCACUGCUCGAUGGAACACUGUCUGCUCCGGAAGUGUGUGUUGAGAGGUGCAAGAAAAGAGGUUUCCACUUCGCAGCUGUUAAGAACUACGCCGUUUGCAGCUGUGGAGUUAGCUUUGGGCGGUACGGGAAAGCAAACCCGAAAGACUGCAACCCGAAGUGCAGUAACGGAGAACAUUGCAGCGCGGCGGAUGCUAACAGUAUCUACAGAACAGAAGCUGAUGUCAAGCCCCUACCACAACCAGCACAUGCCUACAUGUACGCCACAAAGGAAACCGCACAAGAAGGCAAUCUUCCCAUCAUUCGAGACUAUGUGAUCUACACUGAGAAAGAUGUGCCUGAACCAAACACCUGCAUGCAUUAUUGCGAGCUGGUACCUGCCUGCCAAUCAAUCAAUCACGACCCCGUUACCAUGGUGUGCGAAAUGAACAACGUGACGUCAGCAGUCGGGGCCCCAACAACAGCGAGAGAGAGUAUCAAUUAUUGGGAGCCAUUAGCUGUGUCGGUGCAGACAUUCCCAAUGCCAUAAGGGUACUUCUAUUGUAUGAUAAGGACAAUGGAUUGAUAAGAACUUUGGACUUCUGGAUACCCAGCUUCAGAACUCUACAUAUACGUAAUCAAUGUGCAAUUUAAUGGGGGUACUUGCACGCUUUGAAAGUUUAAUAAUAUAAAAGGGUCUGUCACACAAAAAACUUUUAAUUUUACUUUAUUAAAAAAAAAUAUUCCACCGUGCAUGUGCCACUGAACCAAACAAGAAAAGUGUAAUAAUGUUGUAAUGAACUAUCAUAUGAAAUUCGUAGUAAUGCACACGUCACUUAAUUCAUAAUUCGUCACUUAAAAUAAAUAAAUUUUUCUCUCACAAAA